UUCAUGGCUUUUAAAUAUGUGAUGUCAUUGGUAAGCAAAGAUAAGAAGCUAAUACUUCUGCAACACACAUUAUAUAUGCCUAAAACAAUCAGAUAAGGGCUGUGGAGUAAGUAUUGCUAUCUCUGUAAGCUAGCUCCCACUUUCUAGGGAACCAAAUACAGAGAGCUUGAUUCUAUAAUUGAUUUUGGCUUCCCAGUGCAUCACUUGCCCAGACUGACUGAGAUGCACAUGCUCUUCUGUCAAGAAGCAGACAUACUUUCAUACCAGUUCAGAAAGUUAGACUAAAUUAUGCCAUGCAGCCCUGAAUGAAACCCCGGUUAUAUGACCCUAUAGCUUGUCUUGAUAUUUUUGACAAUUGCAGCUGUAACCAAUACUUUGUUUUUGUCAUCACAGGUUUUAAGGCAGAUCAGGUUUAGCUCUGGCCAGAUAUUCAUAGAUUUUACUUAUGCAAAAUCAGGCAAAUCCUGUAGAGGAGUUUGUAUGAUAAUUGAAGAAUAGUUGUUAGCACCUCAUUAGAGGGAUUUUAAAUUGAUUUUUCUAUUUACUAUGAUUCUGUGGGAUAUUUUUGUUCCCUUCCUAUUUUGGUUUUUCAUUUUAUGAUUAUACUCUUUUUAAAAAUUUUACCUUUUGAUUUUUUGCCUUUUCGCCUAUAUUAUUUUUCCAUUCCUGAAAGUUAAAUGUUUAUUUUCUUCUGAAGGCACAUAAAAGAAUCUACAAUUUCAAGAUUUUAAGGACUCUUAGAGACAUAUACCUAAAGUUUAUAUACAGUAAAAUAACAUAUGCAUAUAGUAAAAGUCAGAAAUGAGGUAUUUUUCAGUACAGCUCUUUAAGUGUAAGGUUAGUCUCUUUAUUUAUCCACCAGAAUCUAAGAAUCUAAUAAAGUUAGAAUGUAUGUAGUGAAGCCACGAAGAGAAUAAAUGUGGAAUUAUCAAGAUAGCCAUAUAGAGGAAGGUGGGCAUGAGUUAACAGUGCAAAAGAGAGCUUGAAGAGAACAAUGGCCUGUGCUCACUUGCAUUUUAGAAACAUAAACAUAAUAUCAUUUCAGUGUAUAAGUUUGAAAACAAUAGUUUAAAAUUUAUAUUUAAAAAUAUUAAAAUUAUUCCAGAAAGCUGAGUUACAGAUAUUGUGGGUAAAGUUUUAGCAAAUAAGUUCAUAUUGAACCCACUUAAAAGAUGGUUGUUGCUAAUUGUAUUUGCCAUCCCUGUAUAGUGGGAAGUGACUCUUCAGGCAGCAGUCUAUCCAGUUAAUAAGUAUCAGGUUUAAUGAAAGAUCUCGUGUGGAAAAAUCCCUGGUGGGUAGUGGGUAGCUCACUGAGUAACACUUGCUGUUCAGUCCAACCGAUCUAAGUUUAGUGUGGUGUGGAGAGUUUUGCAAGAGCAGUUAGAUAGUUCGUUUUUUAUCAACCAAAUAAAAGGAUAAGCCAGAUGGGUGUAGCUGGAUGGUGUCCUGCAGUAGGUCUGCUGUCUGACAGUGUGUGUCACUCAAUUCAGAGCCUCAUACAUGGUUGGCAUAUGUUGUGUCGUGAUAGUACGUCCACAGUUAGGAAUUCUAUGACCUCUUCUUUUAAAGUGAAAUGAGACUUUUUUUUUCCCGGAGUUGGGGACCGAACCCAGGGCCUUGUGCUUGCUAGGCAAGUGCUCUACCACUGAGCUAAAUCCCCAACCUCUUCUUUUAAUACCUAAAGAAUUAGCAAUUUCUUUUGAAAUAUACCGUCCAUAUCCAUGGGUAGCAAAUAGAGUUUCCCAGUGAUUUGUUUGACUCUUGAAAUGUCCAACUUGGCAGAAAAUUACCUUUCACUUGCAGCUUUUAAUUUCAUUAUCCUAGAAUUAUCCAGAACUUUUGAAGAGUCUGCAGUACAAAAUAGACAUUUUGUUCUUAGAAUUUCAGGUGGAACUUUAAAAGUGGGAAUAUAGCUAGCUUCUUUUCUGCAGAAUCUGGAACUUCAGAAUUAUAAAAAUUGAAUUCUGGAAAUGUUUAAAUAUAAAGAAGUUUGUCUUUAUAGGUCCAUAUGCCACAUACAAUGGAAUAUACUGAAAGUUCCAUUUCAGUAAUAUUAUGUUUAGCCAAUAUUUCCAAAGUAACAGCUCUCUGCUUGAAGAUGAGCCUUUUUUAAAAGAAAAAGAUAUAUUUAUUUAUUAUAUACGAGUACACUGUAGCUGUCCUCAUACACACCAGAAAAGGGCAUCGGAUCUCAAUACAGAUGGCUGUGAGCCACCAUGUGGUUGCUGGGAUUUGAACUCAGGACUUCUGGAAGAGCAGUCAGUGCUCCUAACCACUGAGCCAUCUCUCCAGACCCUGAAGAUGAGCUUUUUAUAAUUAUUCAUAUUUUCUGAGAUCAACCUAACUCUCCUCACCUAUUAAAAACUUUAUUUUUAAAGUUUGUGUGUAUCAAUGUGUAUAUGUGUAUUUCCCCAAGAAUGUGGUAUCUGAAGAGGCCAGUAGAGAAAGAUCAUAUGUUUUUGAGUUAUAAAUGUUUAAUGAGCUGCCCAGCAUGGGUGUUGGAAACUGAACAUGGAGCCAAAGUUGAGUUCUUUACAAGAGCAGCAAGCUACCUUCACUACUGAGUCCUCAUUCCAGCAUCAUAUUCAAACCCUUCUGUGAAGUUCAGUGUGAGCUGGAGUUUCACAGGGAGUCACCAGACUGAGGUCUUUUCUUGUCUUCUGUGGCAGAGUACAUGAGUUAGGGCCAUUCUCAGUCUCAGAUCAGGCUAUGAAGACAGCACAGUUGCUUGCCUUCUUUCACACCGGAUCUUCAUGAUAAGGUCUUUUUUAAAUCUUGUGCAGCAACUUCGUUGAUGCAGUUAUACUGUUCUAACCCCAGAUGGAUGCCACCUUUCCAUUGCCCCUCAAGUGGUCUGUUUUUCCCAGUAGUGAAUUCUAUCAAUCCAAGUAUAUUCUUUGGAUUUAAGAGCCAAACUAUGUCAUGACUCUUCAUCUGUGUUUAAAGGGGAUUUUAUCUUUUAUGUCAACUAGAAAUCAACAUAGGAGUGAAGGGCCUUUCCUUUCUGUAAUGUGCCUGCUUAGACCAACCGGUUAGGUCAGGAAGUCAAAACAGUAGGAAAAGAGGCCUCAAAACUAAGAAGGCAAGGUCUGACUGUCAAGGCUGACCUCUGAUGCACUGGGGCACAUGUUCAAUAGACAGCAAAUAUGUGUGAACAGGAAUACAUAUCAUACAUGGAUAUUAAACAUCAUGUCAGGAAACUGAUUGCGUAUGAGUAGGAGAUAAUUAUCUGCUAAAAGCACUGAAAAUACGUCAAGGAUGAAAGUUCAGGAGAACCUGGGAAGGUUUUGCACUUCAGCCACAACUUUUGGAGAAGAUUUUUACAGCAGAUUCAAAGGUCCCAUAACCAGUUCCAAGACAAUGGUGACACCCAAAGCAGAACCUAGAAAAAUCUGUUGCACCGUAGUUCAGCAGCAAGAGGAUCUUAAUAAAGAUUAGCAUUUUAGCUUUGUCCAGGGAGAAUGUAGCUGAGGAGAGAGCAUCACGUUUCUUGAACUUUAGAGUCUAUUGUUAGUUAUAAAGGCUCAGCAUUACACAGAAAUGCAACUGAAAGAAACGUCCAGCUGGUGGUCUCAGCAUUUACUCAAAUAAACUACUACAAAACCACUUGAAGGUAACAAAAAUGUGAUGGCUUCUGAGAGUUCUGGCCAAGGGAUGCUUAGGAUAGGAAUCAGAUUCAUGAUAUAUGGAACCCCCUUCUUUGUAGAGAGCACCCCACUCAGUGAAAUGCCUCCAAAGUGAAGACAGAGAUAGGACUUCAUGCCCUAGAGACAUGGAGCUGAAUGAAACAGGAGCACUAAAUCUAUGAACACAUAAAUAUAAGGUACUACAGCCAUCAGAAUAAAACAUGGACUAUUACUGUCUUCUUUCCCUGUAUGUGCCUGUGUGUGUAUGUAUGGGUGAGUGCAUGUGCUUUUGUGGGUGCGUGUGUGUGUGUGUGUGUGUGUGUGUGUGUGUGUGUGUGUGUGUGUGUAGUUUUGUUGCAUUAAUCAAGAAUUAAAUUUUUAUCAUUCUACAUGAAGAAAGAUGGUAAGGACAGCAGCCACCAAUCAUAAUCGACUUUCGAAGAAUGAAUUCAAACUUGUUUGUGCCAUGUAUUUGUCUAUGCCUUUAAUCCCAGAGCUCAGGAGGCAAAAGGAGGCAAAUCUGUGAGUUAACAUGGUUCACAUUCUGGGUUUCAGGCCAGCUGGGCUACAGAGUGAAUUCCUGCAUCAGAUAAGAACUCAAAAAUAAAGAAUUUAGAAUACCUGCUAAAUGUUUUUCAUAUGGAAAGUAAAAUAAUGAUUGUUUUUAACAUGUGUCACAGUGAAGAAACAUCUUUCAAACAGCCAGAACAAAGAAGUAAAAAGCAUAUCAGGUUCAAUGAAGAAGUGCACUACAAUACUGGUUUGAAGCCUUGCUGCAGAAGUGGAUAACAAUAUGGAAGAGAAGUCUUUAUCCAGGCUCCCUGACAAACCUGACCCUGAUAUUCCUGGGCCUACAACAGAGAACAAUGACAGUAUUUCCAUUAUAAAGAAAGUAUCUAAAGACCCAGAAAUUAAUAUAAACAACACUGAGUGUAUCUCUAUAAAAACUUCAUCGAGGUUUUUACAUCAGAGCAAGCUGGUCAGAAGAGUAGAGAACAGAGUUCGAAAACUUUUAGGAAGACAUGAAGUUAAUGUUUGUUCUCAGGGAGAGCCACUACCUAUUACCUCUGAAGGAAAAACACCUAUAAAGAAUCUAUCUACAGACUCAGCAAUAGAGAUGCUUGAUAGAGAAUCUGUACCUUUGAGACUUCCUCCUGAGGACAACAGUGAUGAUAUGUUGCUGGUGCAAAAGAAUACUCAGGGUGACAACCCCAUCCAAAAGGAGACACCAAAGUUGGUUUGUAGGCUCUCUAGAAAAACUGAAGUGAAUGUUACUCUUGAAGAAAAGAUACUACCUAGUACCUCUGAAGGAAAAACAUAUUCUAUGUACCUGAAGGAAAGAUUAAAGGAGAGGAUGAAAGAGGGUACUGAAAACUCUGAAUCUGAUACUUCUGAUGAAGAACCGUUUCCCAGUACCUCUGCAGGAAGAACACAUUCGAUGAAAAUGACAGAGAAAAAGAAGGAACAUGAAGGGAAAGAUGCAUACAUGCAUUCAAGACAUUCUUCAGUCAAGAGGAAUGAAUACAUAAAGGAGCAAGCUGACUGGCGCCAUGAGCAACUGAAGGGACUCCUCAAGAAUGACAUAAAGGAAAUACUGAUGGAGCAAUUGGCCACAGAGCAGGCAAGGAUGAGGAAACUCCUUAGAGAGGAUGUGAGGAAAACUAGUGAGCUACUCAGGAAUGAAUUAAGGCAAAUGUGUGUUGAACAGGUGGCUCUUUUGCAAGCACACGUGACGGAGACACAGCAGGAGCAGGACCUCUUCAGAAGGGACUUAAAGGAGGUGGUUCACGAACAGAGUAAAAAGUCUAUUAUUUGUCCUAAAGAAAAGCCACUACCUGGUCCCUUUAAAGGAACUGCAGACUUACAGAGAACAUCUCUACAACAAAAAGUAAAGAAAAAAUAUGGAGACGACCAUGACGGUUUCCCUUCACAUUCAGAAGAGUCCUUGAUGCAAACUGAUGAGGGCAGGCAGAGUGAUUCCCAUUGUAUGCCUCUAAACAAAUUCAUCAAAGAAGAAUUAAAAGAAGCAUUUUGUGAAAUAUUUGAAAGAAAUAAAUACGACACCUCUUUGAAGAAAGAGCUACCUCAUGUCUCUAAAGAAAGAAAACAGCUAAGGAAAAUACCUAAGGAACAACAGCUAAAGAAUAAAUAUGACAGCAAAUCCCGACAGCCUGGUGAGCAGGUUUCUGCCAAGACAGCAAAGGAAGUAGAGUGUGUACAUCUUAAAGAAAUUGAUAAAAAAGAUUUCAAAGUGAAAAUUUGUGAAGUUCUUGAACAACAGGAAAACAAUGUUUGUCCUAAGGAAGAAGGAAUACAUCACAUUUUUAAAGGAAAAACAAGAGUUAAGAAAGUAUCCCAAGAACAAGAAAUGGAGAAGGAGUACAAUGUUGGAUAUGCAUCCUUCUGGUCACAGCCUUCUAUGAGAACAGAUGAGGCCACAGUAGGCGAGCAGAAUUUACUGCAGCACAAACAUCUGAAAGUGCACUUCCAAAAAGACUUAAAGGAGAUGGUUCGUGAACAAUUUGAAAAUUCUGAAGUUCUUCUUUAUCCUAAGGAAGAGAAGCCACCUGAUGACUCUAGAGGAGUAAGGCACAUAAAGGUUGAAGAAAAGAAGACAGGGUAUUUAUAUGUACCCCAUUUUAGCUCUUUUGAGCAUAGACUCGCUGCCUUGAGAGCUACUGCACACAUCGAACCAGCUCCUGCUGCCUGCCCUGGUGGUGCAGGUGACAUGGGUGACAUGGACAAAGCUCAAAAGUCUGAACUGGCUCUCCCACUUGCUUUAGCUCUUCAAACUGAGCACCCAGGGGGCCAACAACAAAUUAAGCCUGAGCCUGUUCCUGAGUACUGUUCUGAUGAGAUCACUGACCCUGAUCACAAUGUUGACUUUGCUCUUAACUCCUGUCUUCUUGCUCCAGGCAAGGGUGACAGGCUCAGUACUGAUCCUGAAUCUGCUCCUCUUUGUGGCCCCUGUGACAUGGAGGACCCUGGUAAUGAUGCUGACCCAGAUGCCCAUGCUGCACAUUCAAAUGACCACUUCACCCAAAGCAUGAACACCAACACCAGGCCUGCUCCUGCUUGUGGCAGAGGUGACACCACUGAUCAUGAUAAUGGCACAGAUCUGGGAUCUGCCCUUCCUGUUGUUGUUGACUGAUGGUUGAUACACCAAAUCCUACAAGGGUGGUCUGGGGGACUCUAACCAAGAAGCUGUUUACUAGUAAGAAAAAUGAUGAUCAGGGUAAGCUACCAUACAAACAGUGGUUUAAAAUAGAAGAUGAUUUCUGUCCUUGAAAACUAAUUUUUUUGGUACUAAAACUUAUGAUUAAUAAAUUCCAUGCUUCAUAUAGGGUUUUCUAAACUUUACUUGGUACCAGGAAAAAAAAUUCUCUUUUUGCCAAUAAUAUUGAAGAUACACUAUAUUUAAAAAAAAGUCAGUUUAACCCAAAAGACCUGACCAACUAAUGUUGGUUCAUGGUUGUUUCCUAUUCUGGAAUGAGGAAAUUGUUUUAUUUUCCCAUGAUUUCUAAGUUUUCAGAGUAGGUAAGCACAUGCAGUGAUAUAUAACUGUUAACUAUCAAUCAGUAUCUACUUUUUCUAUGCUGAUAUACUGACUUGCGGGAAUACCAUCAUCUUGAAAACAAACAUUACAAAACAAGCAGCAUUUGAGAAAACAAAAACAAAAUGAGCCUCCUUCCACUUCUCAUACCUUCUCAUGCACUGAUGUUAUUACCCAAGAUGCUACAGACGAUGCCACCGAUGAUGCUGCUCAUGAUCAUUGUGAGAAUGCUACCAAUGCUAUUCCUGAUGACACUACUAAUAAUUGUUUUCCUCUCUAGUGCUGCAGUUGAUUGUCAGUCCUUUGAAGCAUCUAUCAGGACACUUACUACUAUACUAGAAAGAAUUAAAAUUCUUUUAAAGAAUUUAUAAAAUACAAAUUUUAAGAUAUAAAAUUUCAAACUAUCUGUUGGCAUUGGAUAAAAUGACACUAUGACCAUCCUAUGGUAUGGUUAAGGGGCAGGUUUUUAAUGUAGACAUUGUAGCUGGAACUACCAGGAAGCAUCUAGAGAAGACUGAGCAUGGUCAGUACAACCGAUGUGGUCAUGAGAGAAUCCCAGCAGAACAGAGAGAUAGAGGAAGGGAGAGAGGAACAUGAACUAGAGAGAACAAGAAAUAGCAUGGCUAUAAGGAGAAUGAGAAGCCCAUGAGUUAGAGGGAGAAAUGAGAGGAGCUAAUGCAUUAGUAUGGACUUUAAAGUGGGUAACAGGUACCUGUGAUACUGAGGGAGCUUAGAGGCUAGUGCAAGCUUUGGUGUGCUCAUAGACACCAGUCCCUCCAGCUGGUCAUAAAAGAAAGUAACUCCUUUGGUAGAGUGGAACCAACUUCAAAACUCCAAAGUCCAGAUUAAACUCAAUUCUGGAUAUCACACUGCCUUUUGGAGUUUUUGGGACUGAAGUUUCCUUUGGACCUAACCAGCAUCAAUGGAUUUUACUAGAUUUUGCAAGUCAAAUACAGCCUUGUUCACAUUUUUAUACUCAGUGUACAAACAUCUAUACAAACACCACCCAAACAGUCGAGUUGCUCAUAAUACAUCAAUAAAGUUAAAAUGUGGUUGCUUACCUGAAA